UCCUGUCGCUCACUUGCACCUAGUUUCUUCACUGAGAUGGACCGUGGCCGUGGUAGACAGCGGAGAGGUGGCCGGAGACCGUACAGGGGCCGCGGCUCAGGAGGGGACAGGGACUAUGCCCACAGAGGGCACAGGGACGCUGGUAGGGAUCAGAGGCGUCCCCCGGAGCCGGAGAAGGAGGAAGGAAAUGAUGUUGCUGAGCACCAAGAGUAUGAAGAGCAAUCAUCAGAGUUUUCCAGGAGGAAAGUCCUUUCCAACUGGGGCCGAUACGAAGCGCCAGAGAAAGAGGCGGAAAGUGAAGUGGUGCAGCGUGGGACGGAUUACGGUGUUCUUCUAAGUUCUGCAGGUGACUCCUUCACUCAGUUCCGAUUUGCUGAUGAAAAGGACUGGGCUGCUGAGAAUCUGAGUAUUAAACAGGACUCGUCUGUUUAUUUGGAUUCCCAGUCUUUGGUGAGAGCUCUGCAAACGCUGCCUCUUCAUCUGAGACUGAAUGUGGAAGCUGAUCUUGUUCAGGAAAAGCUGCCACAGGAACUUCCUCCUCUCAAAUCAAAGGUCAUAUCAAACAUGCCAGCAUUCACUGGCCAGAACGCAAGUGGCACUUUUUUGGUUUCAGAUCAAGAUGCAGCUUCCCAACCAGAGACCAAGACUUCUUCAGACCCUUCUCCUGCAGUCCAUGAUGAGGAGCUUGAUUUCCUGCUAAGCUUGGAAGCCCCCAUCACAGCAGAAGCUGCCGCAUAUCCCGAUGGGAGCAGAGAGCCUGACCAGCAGCCACCCUGUGAUGAACGUGCAACCUCUCCCAUGAAAGCUGAAGCUUGUGUGCCUGCUGAGGAGAAGACCAAAGCUAUAACCUCUGAGGAUCUGGAGGACUGGCUGGACAGUAUGAUCUCCUAGUCUCUUCUUAUACUUACAAAGAUGUGGUUGAGAUAAAAUAAAGAUGCAUUGUUACUGGG